AUGGCUCGUAAACGAAAAUUUACAUUGGCACUAUCCAGCGAAUUAACUGUGGCGGUAGUAGCUGAAAAUAAUUCAUUAAAUGAUAAGGCAGCAAGUUCAACUCUGGAUUCAAGCCCGGUUCCAGCAAAUAAUCUGACUUCUGCACAAAACCAACAGGAAUUGUCAGCAAAUUCUUUACCAAAUGAUGUGCAGAUCAAUGGAAAUCAUCGUCAUAUAUUUUUAUCAGAUGAUGAUGAAGAUUUAAGUUCAUUUGUUUCUGUUGUGACAUUACUUAAUAAUAACAAUAAUAGUGGACAAGAUUGUCUUCGUGUACAAGCAUUAUUUCGAAACUUAUUGGCUAGCUCACCACAAAGUGUUCUGGAGCUGGCAAUAAAUAUUCGAAAUGGGCUGAUGAAUAGGAUUGGGACUGAUGGGACGACUUUGACAUUAACCACAUUACAACAUAGUAAUGUGUUACCACAACAAUCACUUCCGGGAAUUUCUCAGCAUACCAAAAAUCAAUUACAAGAAGAAUUCAAGGCUCUAUUUCUUCAAACAAGAAAUAAUUCAACUUAUUUAUACGAAGAGUUAAUUAUACGCAUGUGUAAUAUCUCUAAAACUGAUGAUAGAUUAGGUUCACUGGUUAAAAAUGUAGGUAGUUGGUACAAUAUGUGCCAUUACAGAUUGCAUGUUGCCAUUGUGAAGCUCACGACUGAAUUCUUAUCAAUAUAUAAAAGUUUGAAAACAGAUGCUUCUGAUGUACUUAAAGCCAUGAUAACGAGAGAGGAUACACAACAGGUUAUUAAAACAUGUGAUAAAAUCACAAUUGACUUAAAAAUCCCUACAAAACCUAGUGUAGUAAAGGAAUCAUUAGUACGUAAACUCUUGAGUUGA